AUGGCAGACAAAAAUCAGUACAACAUCCAGAUAUUUGGUGAGUUUAAAUUGGUCAAUGAUGUAGUGCAACAAAUUCAAGAUUUAGUCAAUAAAUAUCGUUUAACUAAAUAUCAACUGAAGGAGAUGACCUCAACGGAAAUUGCUUAUCUUCUUAAUGUUUGUCAGCCAGAAUUGAAAGCAAUCGAGAAAGAAUUUCAACCCGAUCGUGUUCAAUUUCAUAUUCGACAGAAUGCAUUUUAUGCACCACCAUUAUUGAAAGAUGAAAUUGAAUCACGUAUUCAAAUUCUAUUAUCUCAUUUCACAACAAAUACAUUUAAAACUAUAUCAUUCUAUUCUGAUAUUACCGAAAGAACAAGCGUGAUUUUGAAAAUCAUUGCAGCAAAUAAUCGUUGUCAUUAUGAUGGUCAAAUUGAGACAAUACUACAAACAUCUUUCAUACCAAAAGCUAACGAAAGUUCAUCGAUAAUUUAUCCUAUUCCAAAAUAUAUUAAAGAAUAUUCCGAUGUAUUUUGUUCAUCACCGAUGUUUCAUCAAUCAAUAUCUUUACCUAACGGAUCAAUUGAAGUUCUUAUCGAUGAUAUAGCAUCGCAAAAGGUCGAUACAAUUGUUAUUCCAUCGAUUUCAUACGGAUUGAAAGACAAUCUUCUCGAACGAGCUGGUAACAUUAUCGAACAACGAUCGAGCAAACAUGGAAAGAACUCAAUUCCAUUUAUUAUUGAAACAACGGCUGGACGACUACCUUGUAAAAAGAUUCUUUUUGUCAAUUGGUCAUUAUCAACAUUGGUAACGAUCGAUAAUGAGAAAUAUAUACGAGAAUCUGUAAAACAAUUCAUGUCAAAAGUCAUUGAAUAUAUUAUCACGACAAAUCAACAUUCGAAUAUUGAAACUCAUUCAGUUGCAUUUGCAGUUCUUGAUUCAUGCACCAAUGAAAAACUAUUAGCCGAAGCUAUGAUUUCUGAAAGUGUACAUCUUAUUCAAUCAUUCAAAGGUCAAUAUUUAAAAAUUUUACAUAUUUUCCUAUCUGAUCAGCGAACAUUACAUAAGCAAUUUCUAACUGCUCUUGCAACUGUACAAACAAACAAUAAUAGUUAUGCAACUCUCAAUUAUCCAAUAUCAAGUUUUUCAAUUACAUUAACAUCAUCAAAAAUGGAAUAUUUGAUGAAAUGCGAAGAGAAAUUGAGAAAACAUCUAUCAAGAUCUAUGACACAAAUAGAAUUGAAUGGAUUUGAUCAUUGGGAUCACGACUUGAUCAAUGCCUUUUAUAAAUACUGCAAUGAUCUAUGCGUUCUACCAGACAUUGACGAGUAUGGACGUGUUGUUUUGAAAGGUUCAAUCAUAAGUGUUCAUCAAGCAAAGGAAAAAUAUCAAUUAACAACUGCUUUAGUGAAAGAAAGAAAUCGAUUAUCAGAAAUUGGAUCUUCAAAUCAUAAUAAUAUCGUAUUAAGUUAUUGUCACGAGGAUUCACUUGCAGUUCAUUCUCUAGCAAAUCGUCUUAUCGAUGAAGGCUUUCGCAUCUGUCUCAACUCUAACGAAAAAAAUGAUAUAUUAUUACAAAUGAUCGAAUCCGAUUGUAUCAUUAUUUGUAUUAGUGAAAAUUAUGGUAAAGAUACACGUUGUGAAAAUCAAGUAAAAUAUGCUAGUCAAACUGGUAAACCAAUCAUUCUAGUCAAAUUGGAUAACUGUAAACCGAUUAAUUGGUUACGAGAAUCAUUGGUGAAUCGCUUAUGUUUUCCAAUGUUUGGAUCAAAACAACAAUUUGAUCUCGUAUUCGAUAGAUUACUAUUAGAAAUAUUCCAAUAUGUCAGUCCUGCUGGGAUUUCAUUACGUCAAGAAGUAUCCCAUCGAAUUAUGUUGCCGAGAGAAAACUAUAUAGAUACACAUUGUGAUGAUAUGACACGAACAUGUGAAUCACGAAACUUGAUAAAUUCAGAAAAAGAAAAAGUAGAAGAUAUUAUACACGAAAUAGAAAAAGAUCUAGAUGAACAAUAUUUUCAGACUUAUGGUUCAAAUUAUCAACAAAAACAAAUUGAACGCAAACAACAGUUUUACUUUGAAAAAGGAAUAUUACCAUAUCGAAAAUACUUGGAACAAAUUUUAAACUUUAAAACUAAACAGAAUAUUCUACCGUUUGCUAUUUCUGAUGAUAUCAAUGAUGCACCAUUUCCUAUGUUUGAUGAAGUCCGUCAAAAUCCAAAUUUAUUUCUUCGAAAUUCUAUCAACUUAUCUUCAUUAGGCAUGACUAUUUCGUACAUUGAAAGAGGAUGUUAUACUGGAUAUUGUCCUUCUUUCGAUAGCUGGAAUGGUGGAGGAUCAUCUGGCAUAUAUGGCAGAUGCGAUCCCAAAGUAUUAGUACCGAAAAUUAUUCGAUAUUUUUCAUUGGGAGUAGUUACGAAUAAACAAAUUCGACAAAGAUUAGAAAUGAUCGAUUCGACUGGGUAUUGGAUCGUUCCACAUUCACUCCAUCCUUAA